AUGGGUCUCUUGAGGACCGUGGCCCUUACAGUCUUGGGAAUCUCGUUUCUUACCUUUGUCGCUCUUUUUGGUCGGCUUCCAGCUUUGAGAUCUGGGAGGUACUUGAUGCGUGAGAACCACCCGUUGGUACUGAUUUUCUUUGUAGCUAUCCUGUCGGUGUCAGAAAUUAUGUUUGUACCAGAUGCGUGGCCACGACUUGGAACGAUACAUCGACUCUUCGUUCCAGUGGCGAUAACACUGCCAUAUAUGUUCUUGUACGCUGCUGUCGUCUCCAAGUCCUUCGUCACGCCUUCAAAUCUCCAGGAAGAGUUGAAGCGGUACCCAUUUGAUCGGGUUCUCUUCCACCCAGGAAAUGAAUGUCCUACCUGCCACCUUCUGAAGCCUGCGCGAAGCAAGCAUUGUAGCCUGUGCAAGGCCUGUAUCUCUCGACACGAUCACCACUUGUUGUUGUUGUACGGCGUAUAUCUGGGCUAUACGCUUCUCGAUGGAACUAUACAGCAAGUUUUGUCUCCUACACUGGCGUCAGGAACUCACUGGAGCAAAGGUCAGCCAUGGUCGACGUUUUUCUUCUUCUGGACUGCGGCUAUCGCCGAUGAUAUUCGAAUUGGUUCAGUGUUUCUUCUGGCGAUUAUGACGGCACCUCUUGCCUUGGGAUUUCUCUCCUAUCACCUUUAUUUGGUCUGGGCGGGGGUGACAACAAAUGAAACCUCAAAGUGGGAUGAUUGGAAGGAGGACAUAGCAGAUGGCCUCGUCUUCAAGGCAAAAAGGAGCGAAAUAUACCCAGAACCAAGGCCUCGAGACGAGUCGAUUGAGCCCAAGUCAGCAUGGCCUGGAACCAGCGAUCAGGUGUUGAUCCUCACAGACGGACAACCGCCCAAGGGUUGGAUUUAUGAUAUCCACUCGGUCAAACUCGAUCAUUCAAAAGAUAUUAUUUUUAGUUAUUCUUACUAUAACCCCAAGCGCCUUCCUUGCCUGAUAUCCCUUGUGAACACUCGGCCUCCGCUGCUGGUCGAAAUGGCGGACCAACCUGCUGGAGAGGCAAGACCAGCCGGAGAGGCGAGGCCAAAAUGCACGCCGGCAGAACUGAUGCUGAAGGUCAUCCUGGCGGGGACUCUGAGCCACUAUGAGACUCCAGGCAUGAUCGACGACAAACGGCUGGAGCAUAUGCUGUCAGCUGACAUAUGGCAAGGCCUGACGGACGUCCUCACGAAGGCCAUCCCCGUCCUGGAGUCGCAAUCCUUCUCCUGGAAAAGCCCUCCGUCUGCGAACUAUGAGAAUUCGUCGUCCAACUUGAUAGCGUUCAACUAUUUCACCUUGGUCAAGGACAUUGAGCGACUUAACGAUCUUUGUACAAUUGCCCGGAACCUUCUUGCGACUACGAAAAGGGCGCAAAAUCUGGCUGCUGAGAAAGGGUUUGACCAGCGGAUCUUGGCUUUGAUAGAUACGUGCGUGAGAGUGACUGCGAGAGGCUUUGAUGGCGAGACCAAUGCCAGGAACGAGGAACGCUGGCAAAAAGUCGUCAAUCUCUAUAAGCGUCUACUGAUCACCUGCCUCCAAUUUCUGCACAACUUCAUCAUGCACAAUGAGCAACGAAAGCUUGUCCUCUGGCUGGAUCUGUUCGGAUACCCAACGACUGGAGAUUCGAAGAUCAUCACACCCAAGGAGCCUUUUGAUCCCAAUUACAGUACCCCUCAGGGUAUUGCUCCUGUGGUGAUGGCCGGUGAAAGAUUGGACAAUCCUCCCAUUAGAGCUCUCUAUGACCAAACUGCAGAGGAUUUGUUGCUGGAAACAAUCUCGAAUUUUCCCCGGGAACCUGCCAAUAUCAAGGAAGAGGCUGCUAUGCUUUUGCUUGCCAACAUCAAAGAUCACAUGGAGAAGCUCCUUGGGCGGGAUUUGAUGGAGAUACAAGAAAUGGGUAAGGACCCGGAACAAGUGAAAGAGAUUCGCGCAGCCCUUACUGCCAUUCUCGGAGCUAAAGUGGAUGGCUGGGCAGAUCUCAAGGACAAAGCACAAGAGCUACCACCUGCUCUUCCCGAAGAAGAGGAACCGCGGAAGAGGCCCAUCAUCAGCAUAGACCGCAGUGCAACGGCAGGGUACCCGCGGACAUGCUGGGCUGAUCUCCCUGACUUUGAUGAAUACAACGCUCUUACAGCGGCUGAUGCACCAGUGACAGAAGAGGAUACAAGCAUGCCUCGUUCUGCUCAGGCCGCUGCCGAGACCCUGCAGGAAGCAAAGGAUGAAUUGAUCGCAAGAUUACAAGAAACUUCGCAGAUCAUGGGUGAAGGAGAACAACACUAUGAUGGGGGAGAUGGUGGGGCAGCAGGAGAAGAUGACUCACGCAGCCUCGAUGGGGGCGCGGAAGGAAGCCUGGAAGAGGAGGAAGAAGAGGACGAUGAUGAGGAUGACGACUACGGUCCUCGACCCGGCGAACAAGCGCGCGGUUUGUUGACGGACAUUCCGCUGGUCUUGGGACCGGCAGAGAUCGAAGCACUUCCUAUGAUCAUCCAGGCGGGCAUUGUCGACAGUUUUGGGCUCAAAGGCGGGGAGAGAACGGGUGGGAGAAACAUGCAGGCGGUUCGUUGUCAUAUCCUACUAGCGAACGAGACGGGUCGUAACCUCCUUCGAGAACUUUUGAUCUUCAUCGCGGCCUGGGAUCUGCCUGAUGAUGAGCUCUAUUUCAAGAUGAUGGUCCAGAUCAUGGAAGCCAUCCUGAAGAACGGUUUGAUGUCUCACGCUUAUCAGGAAUUUAGCCAGCCAAAGGACAUCAUCUCUCCCGCCCAAGCUGUUGUCAUCAAGAUCCUCACGCAUAUCUUCCGAGCCAAAUAUUCGCCGGCCUCUGUUACUGGCCCAGCGCAGCAAAACAACGCAAAGGCACCGGCGCGACUGUCAAAGGUUGAUGUUCUCACGGUCCGCUACAUAUUUACGAUGUUCCGCGGGAAUGUCAUUCCAGAGACGUGUGCUCUUAUCUACCUUCAAGGCCAAAUCCGUGCCGGAAGGGCUCUUCCGGAGGAUUUCCCGCUCAAUCUGUGGGAUAUGGAGAGGGUGUACGAGGGUGUCUACCAAUUCCUGGAGUUCUUCGCCGUCCUCACCGAAAACAAUGACUGGAAGAACCUCCUCGUCAAGUGGGAGAUCGUCUACGACCUGGUUACAUUGAUUAAGGAGCUGGAGGCAAGCAUACCCAAAGGCGCCUUGACUUCCCUGGGAACGACAGCGACAUCGGGAGGGCGCAGCGGCAGUCCGCCCAAGGAAUCGCAAUCAAAAGGGCCAGUCGCCGUCGAGCGUCCCUAUGAUCCCAGCGACGUUGAUCCCGCCGAUACUGGUGCUGGCAGUGCCGGUUCUGGAGCAGAAUCGCCGCCGAUUACGGAGGAUCCGUCCGAAUUCGAAUGGAGGAAUCUCAAGAAACUCGUCGUGCUUGUUCUUUCGUCUCUCGUGUGGAAGUGUCCCGAGGUGCAGAAUCAGAUUCGCAAGUACGGCGGGAUUGAGACGAUCCUCGCGUGCACGAGCUUUGACGCGCACAACCCGUACAUCAAGGAGCAUGCGGUGAUGUGUCUGAAGUUCCUGCUCGAAGGAAACAAGGAGAACCAGAAGCUGGUCGAGGAGCUCGAGGCGAGAGAAGUGGUCAAAGAUCAGAGCGGCAUCCUAGAGAAGAGCGGAUACGAAGCCGUGAUCGAUCAGGUGGGAAAACUGUCCAUUCGCCCGAAAGAGAACAAGGAGGGGAAGGAGGAGAACAAGGAGGGAGAGCAGACCGAACAGAAGAAUGCAUCUUGA